AUACCACAAUAUUCUUUAGUACAAGCACCACACAUCUUUCUCAACAUUUAACUGCUAAUUAACCAACAUCAAAGCAGUUAUUUGUUCCCAAUAUUGUCACACUUCAUUAGCUAGUAGCUACCAUGGCUGCCAAUAAUCAAUUAUAUCAUAUUUCAUUAGCAUUGCUUUUUUGCUUGGGAUUAUUUGCUAUUCAAGUAACUUCUCGCACUCUCCAAGAUGACUCUAUGUAUGAGAGGCAUGGACAAUGGAUGAGUCAGUAUGGCAAAAUCUAUAAGGAUCAUCAAGAAAGGGAGACGCGUUUCAAGAUAUUCAAAGAAAACGUGAAUUACAUUGAAACUUUCAACAAUGCUGAUGAUACCAAAUCAUACAAACUAGGCAUUAAUCAAUUUGCAGACCUCACCAAUGAGGAGUUCAUAGCAUCUAGGAACAAAUUCAAGGGGCAUAUGUGUUCUUCAAUCACAAGGACAACUAGCUUUAAGUAUGAAAAUGUAAGUGGAAUCCCAUCCACAGUGGAUUGGAGGAAGAAAGGAGCGGUGACGCCUGUGAAGAACCAAGGUCAAUGUGGAUGUUGUUGGGCGUUUUCUGCUGUUGCAGCAACCGAAGGAAUUCAUAAGUUGAGUACUGGAAAAUUAAUCUCUUUAUCAGAACAAGAACUUGUUGAUUGUGACACAAAAGGUGUGGACCAAGGAUGUGAGGGUGGUCUUAUGGAUGAUGCUUUCAAAUUCAUAAUUCAAAAUCACGGACUUAGCACCGAAGCUCAAUACCCCUAUGAAGGUGUUGACGGAACAUGCAAUGCAAACAAAGCAUCUGUCCAAGCAGUUACUAUUACAGGAUAUGAAGAUGUCCCAGCCAACAGUGAGCAGGCACUGCAGAAAGCUGUGGCAAAUCAACCAAUAUCUGUAGCCAUUGAUGCUAGUGGAUCUGACUUUCAAUUUUACAAAAGUGGCGUCUUUACUGGUUCAUGCGGAACUGAGUUGGAUCACGGUGUCACUGCGGUGGGUUAUGGUGUCAGUAAUGAUGGAACUAAGUAUUGGUUGGUUAAGAACUCAUGGGGAACUGAUUGGGGUGAAGAAGGAUACAUUAUGAUGCAAAGGGGAAUUGAAGCUGCUGAAGGAAUAUGUGGCAUUGCUAUGCAAGCAUCUUACCCUACUGCUUAAAUGUCAAACUUAAUACUUAUAAAUUCUACCACUAAACUUUGUAAUUCGAACUAAACUGUGUUUGAUUGUGCAUUUAUCAGCUACAUUCAUCAUGGUUUCUACAACUAGUUGUGUAUAUUAUAUACUUAUACUUGUGCAUUUAUCAAUACAAUGAAGAUAUUAAGA